AUGAGCGCCUCGGAUGAGCCAAUCCAUGUUAUUGACCCCGAGGGCGAGGUGAUCAUAUAUUUGCGGCGACCGGACCGUCCGUUUGCCCCCUGGGACUAUAAUGGGAAUAGGGGUGCUGGGUCUCCCACGGAGGUGUUGACUUCGUCGCCUGCGGUAGAGAAUACCGAGUCCAACAACUCAGUUGACGAGGUAUACUCGAUCGAUUCUUCCCGUGGACAGGUUGGCAGAGACUCUGGCCCCCAGACUGUUCGGGCUGCAAAGCACGUUGAGAAGAGAUGCCAUCGCAUUCAGGUCUCUGCAAAGCAGCUCAAGCUUCUUUCGCCCGUGUUCAAAGAAGCGCUUAGCUGUCUCCUGGCGAGUGGAGUAGGGGUCGAGAUCACUACCGGCCCGUUUGAUCUCGAGCCCUUCCUGCUCUUGAUGAAGAUCUUCCACUGCCAGCCCCAAAACUUUCCCCAACGAGUGAGUCUGGAGGUGCUUGCCCAGCUCGCCGUGAUGGCAGAUCACUACCAAUGCAGAGCAUGGAUUCAGUUCUUCGCCGAUCGAUGGAUCAGGGACAUGGACCCCGGCUUCCCCACGGCUUAUUGCCGCGAUGCGAUGCUCUGGGUGUGGGUGUCGUGGUUUUUCAAACUCCCAGCUGAAUUUGAAAAGUCGACGGCUUUGGUGGUCGACCAGAGUGACCGGCUGGUGACCCGUCUUGGGCUGCCCAUCCCGGCAGUAGUGAUUGAUCUAAUCAAUAGAACCCGAAGUCUGGCAAUCUACAGAAUGAUCGAGCAAAUGAAUUUGAGACGUGACUAUUUCUUAACCGGGGCUCGCGGAUGCUCCUAUGAGUGUAGUUCCAUAAUGCUUGGAGCUCUGACGAGGAACAUGCACGCCAUCGAUCUAUAUCCCGAACAGCCGGGCGACCCUUAUACAGGCAUGAGUCGCAACAAGCUGAUUGAGAAAGUGAGAUCCUUCACCGUGUCACGAUAUUGUUCCACAUCCCGGGUCCAGCACAAGUGUGGGAUGAAGCCGUUCCCAGAAAUCAUCAAGAAAGCAGGGGCUGUUAAGGGAAUCGACUUGGACAUGUUCAAGCUUGGAUAG